AGAGAGCAACAUGCACCCUGCCCUAGCUGCUGUCCCACCUGAACUGUGGUCCCAAUCAUCAACUGAUGUAGGACUUAUAAAGGGGUUCCCACCAUACAAGGUUAAAACUAAUCCCAGACAGGGGCCGAUAAAGCCUCAAAGACGAGGGCAGCAGCCAUGAGGCCACUUGAAUGAGCAAAUUUAACAAUUAAACAUAUCUUAAAAUGAUUGCAAACAAAAAACAUUCAUAUUCGUAAUUUAGCCUUUCCCGACCCUGCUUCGGUUGCCGAUAAAUUCCAUGUCCAAUCACCAGUUGACUUUAACUUUGCGUUUUUAUGUCGGUGUUUGGCAUCAUGAGUUUGUAUUUUAUCAGUGUAACGCUUGUACACCGAGUGACAUUGUGGUAGUUCUCCCAGAUCGGAGUAAUAUGUAUAAUCGCCGCCAGAGUCGUUCCCUCCUUUCCUUUGGUUAAGCGGAAUCAAAUCUCAAGCAAUUUCUCCAAAUUUAUGCCAUCUAACUUUGAGUCAAUACACACUGUUUCACACAGCUUUUAGCUUACUUACUCUUAUCGGCACUUGUUAUGUUUCACUCCUGACUACCCGUUUAGCGAAACACACAGGCGAAAUACGUUAGCGUUGGGCGCAAAGCAUGCUGGUCUCUGUAGUUUCCUAUUUUUUAACAACCGAUAAAAUCAAAUUACAUUAAUAUUUUGAACCAAAAAACAUACAAUAUUUAGAUAAAGUCCAUCAUCAUGGUGUGACACACUGGUGGUACAAACAGGUUUAAUACUUAUGAAUGCCUAGUUGCCUAACAAGUGAGCUAACUUAGCUAACGCCAAAUGAGGCAAGACGCAGCACAGUUCCCAAAACACGAAAUAAUUCCCGAGUCAGUGCAAGAGACAUUAUAUAAUCAUUACACAUACAGUUUAUUUAUUUAAUCUUAGUAAAACUCUUACCUUAGUAAAGGCAGCUUCCCGCUUUCCCUUUAAAAAAGUACUGCUACUCCGGUCAGGACUGACAGUUGAAAACUACACGUCUCGUGAGAAUUUGAAUUCCCGCUCUUUUCGCAGAAAGAAACGUAAGGCCAUGUACAUUGAAACAAUGCUUAGUUAACAUUGGCAUUUCAACCUAAAUAUAUCCGUGUUGAUUCAACAACUGUUUUUUAACCAUUGAUAUUCCAUGAGUGAUUAAACAUGGAAUAAACAUUGGCUUUUCAACCUCAACCAAAAAUAACCAAUCUGACCAUAAAUCAAUGUUGAAUUAACAUCUUUUGCUAUCUUAGACACCACAUGCUGUUGGAAUCAAAACAUCUGACGGCUGUAGAACUUGAGGCGUAACAUCCGAAUCACGUGACCCCACCCACGUCAUGUGUUAUCAAAGUGAGCGAUGACGUGGAUACGCCCCCAUAACUUCAAAGGCGGAUAGUUCAUGCACUAUUACGUCAGAGCUACUGACAUUAUACCCUGGAGCCUCAGUGAGUGAAGACAAGAAGCAGGAUCAUCUUUGGACGAACAUUUUUUCAUAAUGAGGAAAGGUCGAAUUAGGAGAAUUUUCCAACUGGAGAAGGGUGCCAUUUUAACCAGCAAAACAUCCACAUAUCGCCUGAAAAAAAUAAUGGGAUAUGGAGCUUUUGGACUAGUUGUCAAGUGUAUAAAGCAAGAAACAGGAGAGACUGUUGCAAUAAAAAUUUCACGUCGGCAUACCAGACACUAUUGCCAAAAGGAAGGAAAGGAAUUAAAAGAAAUCAAAAGGCUUGGAUCAGAAGACUACAAUAUAGUUCAAUUUUAUGAAGAGUUUUCCUACAGAGGACAAUGGUGCCUUGUGUUUGAACUGCUGGACAUCACCUUAGAGGAUUUCACAAGAAUAGUUGUCUGUGGUGGACUAAAGUUGUUUGACAUUCGAGUUAUCACAGAACAGUUGCUAGUAGCUUUAACGUUUCUGAAACGCUCCAAAAAGGCGCACAGAGAUAUAAAGCCAGAUAACGUAAUGGUGCAAGACCGCAAGAAACUAAAAGUGAAGUUAAUCGACUUUAGUUUUCUUACAUCUGUGAGGCAAAUGAGGAAUGUGGUUUGUUGCCCUCAGAUUUACAAGUCUCCAGAGGAUCAUUUGAAUGUAGAUGUGGAUGAAAGUGUUGAUAUGUGGAAUCUAGGGUGCACUUUGGCCUUUCUCUACCUUGGAGAUCACCUGAUCGACGGGGAAGAUGAUUAUGAAACAUGGCUGAAUAUUGUUACACUGGUGGGUCACCCGGAGGAGGAUCUUUUGGACAGGGCAGACACCCCAUUUCACUUCUAUACAAAAAUAGACUCAGAGGGUGAGCAACAUUGGGAGCUAAGGAAAGACCUACUCGAUUUGAUGAACGCUUUAAAUAAUAAACCUAGUUUGGUGUCUCCUUCACCUGAUCUUCUUGAGAGGAAAAUAAAGUCGCUGGAUGACAUAGAGAAUCUUCGACCAGGAAAAAUGACCCCUGAUGAAAGAAAGGAUUUAUUAUGUUUCAUAGAUCUUUUAAAACAAAUGCUUGUGUUAGACCCAUUAAAACGCAUUACGCCAAAUGAAGCACUGAAACACCCUUUUAUCACCAUGGAACAUUUUCCUGUCUGUGAAAGCAACAGUCCUUAUGUCUGUGAAGCCCGUGAGAAGAUGGCAAUCUAUAAAUUACCAGAGGGAGAAACUUUAGGAGAAAGUUCAGCAACAUGUCCGAAAAGCAAGACGACCACUUCAGAUGGAGUUUCCCCGUCCGGUUCAUCGGAUUCCAGUUCUGAAAACAGCGUAAUUACCACUCCACCGAGCUGGAUCUCAAGGUUUAAUGUGGUUAGACGAAAAAAGGGAAGAAACUACAAAUCUCCUGCUAAUGGCAUGUACCUUAUGACCACUAUUCCCCGUAGGGUUUAUUCUGACAGUUUGAGCAGCAAGACCAGUUCUGACGGUGUAUACCCUGCAAGUUCAUCUACCACGUCCUCGGCAUUUAACGGUGUUUCCUCUGCGAGUUUGAAAAGCGAGGCCUCCACACAACAGACAGCUGAUCAAAAUGAGAAACUUCUGACCAGUUCACUUAAGAAGACAUCCACAAUGACUGAUACUACCAACACGAAGGAGAUGACAACAAAACGCAUUUGUAAACAUCCAGCCUCUGCAUCUGAGUCCUUCUGAUUGCAAGACGACUACUCUUCCUACUGAGCGUCUUUCUGCAUGGAGUUUGCAUGUUCUCCCCGUGCAUGCGUGGGUUCUCACCGGGUACUCCGGCUUCCUCCAAAAGAAAUACCUGUUAGGUUAAUUCAUCAACUUUAAAAGUUGAGCAUUUGUUUUUUUUAUUGUAUUUUACAACUUAUUUGGCCUUGAUACCAGCUUAGAUGGGAUCCAGUUUGUAGACAGCAAUGUAAUUAAAUUUUAUUUUAUAUUAUAUUUUUUUAUUAUAUAUUUAUAUAUAUAUAUGCAUAUAUUUGGAUGGAUUUUUAUACAUUUUAAACCUGGACACAAUUAUUCAACAAUCAUUGCAGUUUAUUAAAUUUAGUGAACUGUGCUUUAUGCUGUUAUUUUACUGAACCACCACCUUAACGUGGUGGAGGGGUAUCAACUCACAUUGCCCCUCUCGGCAUAUCUUCCAUCUGCUUUGCUUCUUUAUUAUUUUCCUUGCUUCAUAGCCUAUUUACAAACUUCUUUUCUCUGCUUUUAAUCUUCCCUGCGGCUUUCGCUUCUCUUUUUCUUUCUUAUUCCAUUCCACUUUCUUGAUAGAUGCCCCUCUAAUACUCUAUUAG